AUGUUCGUUCACCGGGCCGACCAGCUUACAUCAAAUUCAAGAGCAACUGACGUGUUUCUCACCUUCAUGCAAAAUUACAUUGGAGAUAUUGCCGUGAUCCUUAUAGGACCGCACAAAGGCUUCUGUGACACUGGAGCGUCUCGCCUGUUUACCUUAAAGCUGGCCCUCGAGGACUAUUCUGAUGAAGAGAUCCAUCGCCUAUUGAUUCGCAUACUAAAGAAGACUAAAUUGCACGUUGACGGAGGUUGGGAUGGACCAUAUCUUAAGAUCGUUACCCGUCGGAUCUGUCGUAUGCGAUCAGAAAAAGACUUCAGUAAUAUGCUUGCUCUGCGCGCUGCUUUGGAACAGGUGAUGAAUCGUCAAGCUUUGCGGCUCCGACAGUCAAUAGGAGAUACGGCUGCCAAGCGUGGGAAAGCUCCCAACUAUAACUUCCUGACAAAAUUCGACCUUGUCGGCCCGGAACCAGGGAACAGGUGGAAAGACAGCAAGGCCUGGAAGCAACUGCAAAGUAUGAUCGAGCUUCGAGAGGUCAAAGAGAUGGUCGAUGAACUUGUGCAUAGAGCAAACACCAAUUAUCACCGUGAGAUUCAUGACCUACCUCCAGUUGAUAUGCCUUUGAACAAGGUGUUUCUGGGUCCUCCAGGUACUGGCAAGACGACGGCUGCCAAGCUAUAUGGGCAGAUUAUUGCCGAACUUGGUCUCCUCUCUGGUGACGAGGUUGUGGUGAAAAAUCCAUCUGAUUUCAUCGGACAAUAUAUCGGCGACUCAGAAGCAAACACCAAGGAAAUACUCCGUGCUACUGAGGGCAAGGUCCUCAUCAUCGAUGAUGCGCAUAUGCUUUAUCAGGGAACAGGGCAUGGAGCUAAUUGCUCAGAUUCGUUCCGGCUCGCUGUUGUGGAUACGCUAGUCACAAACAUUUCGAAUAGACCGGGGGAUGACCGUUGUAUUAUCCUUAUCGGGUAUCCGGACUUGAUGAAGGAGUUCUUCAACAACAGCAACCCUGGUCUACGACGUCGAUUUCCACUAGAGGAGGCUUUUCACUUUCAAGACUAUACCAUUGAUCAGCUCGCCAUGAUCCUUGACCUGAAGAUGUCGCGUGAUGGAAUCGAGGCUACUGAUCAUGCCAGAGAAGUUGCCCUAGAAGUCCUUGCGCAGGCUCGAGACCGGCCCAAUUUCGGGAAUGGAGGUGAUGUCGAGAAUCUGCUUGGUAAAGCGAAAGCGGCCUUUAACAAGCGACUAAGGGGUGUCACGGACCGGAACGGAAGAAAGAUUGAGGCCGUCGAUUUCGAUCCUGAGUAUGAUAGGGCCUUCAGGAAUAGCAAGGCAUGUGAAUCACACCUCUCGCCGAUGAUCGGUAUGGACAGUAUCAUCUCCCUUUUCAGGAAUCAUCAAAAGGUAGCGGCCGGGAUGCGAUUGCAGGGGGUAGAUCCGCGCCCAUAUAUCCCUUUCGCAUAUGUCUUCAAGGGCCCACCAGGGACCGGAAAAACUACUACAGCUCGCAUUCUUGGCGACAUAUUUUACGAAAUGGGGUUUCUUGCAACGUCCGAAGUCAUUGAUUGCUCUGCGACAGACAUGAUAGGCGAGUAUGUAGGGCAGACAGGACCCAAGGUGAUCAAAUUUCUGGAGCGGGCUCUGGGAAAGGUCCUAUUCAUUGACGAAGCUUAUCGACUGGCGGGAGAGUCCAGUGGAAACUGCUCGAGCUUUGCUAGCGAAGCUGUUGGAGAGUUGGUCGACUGUAUGACAAAGCCACGCUACGCUCGCAAGCUGGUGAUUGUCCUUGCUGGCUACUCUGAUGAGAUGGAUAGGCUACUUCAUAUUAACACGGGGUUACGGUCUCGGUUUCCGACUGAUAUUGUCUUUCCCUCGAUGAGCCCAGCUCAUUGUGUUGAAUAUCUUGAAGUGCAGCUAGGGAAGCUCCAGAUCAAAGUGGAUCGAAGACUUAGCUCUAGUGAAGGGAAGUAUGCAACUGUGCUGGACCUGUUUGCCCAGUUGCAGAGGACCAGGUCUUGGGCAAAUGCCCGGGAUGUUGAAACACUGGCCCGCAAUAUCACUUUCGAGGUUUACAAGAGUCAACCCGGCCCCAGUGACUCCGAUCUCAGCGUUUCCAUGGACAAGAUCAUUACCUGCUUGAAGGAGCUGCUACACCAGCGAGCUUCAACCUACUGA